GAUUCAAAAACUUGGAAGACAGAGACCAAACCAAACCUCCCUGCGUUCGCCCAUCAGCUUCUUCUUUUCUCCUCCCAAAUCCAAAAAAAAGGCGCAAAUUUUCCUCUCCGAUUCCGCUUCUCCGACCUCCUCCUCCCAUCCAUCCCCACGCCGAAUUCGACUCGCUGGAUUUGAUCCCCCCUCCCGCCUGGCGGUCCCUCCCUUUUUGUUGCCCCUUGUUUGCUUUUUCUUUUUUCUUUUUUCGAGUUGGGAGAGGCCAUCCAGGAGUUCUUGGGGGCUUGCUUUGAUCCGGAGCCGCGCCAAUUCCGGCGAGGGCCGCUCAAAGAUUCGGUAUUUGGGGCGGGCGGAGUGGUUCAUGUGGCUGAAUCGGUGAACCCGGCUGGUGGAUUUUUGGUUUCCUCGUGACCUAUUUUGGUUUGGUUGAUGAUGGAGAAGAAGCAGAUGCAACAGCAGCCGCAGCAGCCGGAGUCAGAGCCAGAGCCAGCGGCGCCCGCGCCUGCAGCAGCAGCAGCGGAGGCGAAGGCGACACCGCCGCAGCCGCAGCCGCAGCAGAAACCGGCGGCCCCAGUGCAGCCUCAGAUGCCCACGCCGAGGCCGUGGCCAGUGGCCUUCAUCCCUCCGAAGCCGGUGGCUGAAAUUAAGAGUACUCCUUCAACAAAGAGAAAGAAACAUUGUAAUUGCAAAAAUUCACAAUGUCUAAAGCUGUACUGCGAGUGUUUUGCAGCAGGUCUUUAUUGUGAUGGCUGCCAUUGUAAACAAUGUGGAAACUAUGUUGGGAAUGAAAGUGCUAGGCAGGAGGCCAUUAACAGUACGAAGCAACGGAAUCCAAAAGCCUUCCAACCUAAGAUUGAAAAUGGUUCAAAUGCACUUAAUCUUAGAAAGGAUGAUGCUGGAGCACCAGCCUCACUUCCAAAGCAUAAUAAAGGUUGCCAUUGCAAGAAGUCAGGAUGUCUCAAGAAGUACUGUGAAUGCUUUCAAGCAAAUAUCCUUUGCUCCAAGAAUUGUAAAUGCCAGGAUUGCAAGAAUUUUGAAGGAAGCGAGGAGCUACGGCUUAUAACUCAAGGGGACAACUCAUCAGAUCGAAAUAACAUUCAACAUGCUGCCAAUGUUGCUUUGAAUGGUGCAAUUGGAUCCUCAGGGUAUAGAUAUUCUCCAGUGCGUAGGAAAAGGCCUCCAGAAGAUCAUCUUUAUCAGAAACUAAAUGGUGAAGGAAGCACGAUGCAAACACAGUUUCAAGAGGCUAACCAUGUGGACUCUUCAGAAAUUACUUCUUCGACUGGACUCGAAGGGUGUUAUAGUAACUACCAGAGUAGAUCUAACGUGGUCUAUAGGUCUGCGUUAGCAAACACUAUCAGCCCUACGGAUGCUACUGGUCUAGCCAAGCAUUUGGUGAUUGUAUGCAGAAAGGCAGCAGACGCAUUCCUGACGACAGCUGAAAACAAAGGGGAGAUGGAAGUAGAAAGGGAAAUCCACACAGAUUCUGAUGGUGCAACCAAUAUGGAUCAGCAAAAUGGAGGUGAUUUUGGUCCUUGCUGUAACAGCCUAGAGGAUUCUAGGCCAGCCUCUCCAGGAACACAAGCAUUGAUGUGUGAUGAGCAAGAUAGUACAUUUGGAACGGAUUAUAGAAUUUCAUUUCCAGUGGCAUUGCAUGAUCAAGACACUUCAGAACUAAAUGCUCAGCAAGAAAAAGCAGUGUUGACAGGGUUUCGAGACUACCUCCGGACAGUCAUCACACGUGGAAAAAUAAAUGAAGCCAACAGGUCAUCAGAGGCGGCAAUGCAGUUGGAUACUCGAAAACAUGAUGAAUCAGCCACAAUUUUACCCCCACUAAAUGCUGUGGAAAAAGAAAAACUCAAAGUUCCUGAUGGCCCUGAAAGUCCUAAAGCAAGUCCAUCAGCAUCGAAUUGCGGUGGUCAAGCUAGUUGAUGUAGAUUUUUAGCCUGUUUCAUGUCAAAAGUCUGUAGCACAAAAAGCACACCACGGUGUACAUAUGGAAUAGUGUAGUCCUUGUUGCCAUUUCAGGCAACCGGCAAUGUAGCAUCAGCCAUUCAUGAGGUGUAAAGCAGAGCAGGCAACAAUUUUUCCCCUCUGAUUGUGUAAUUAAUUUAACACGCAAUUUCUUUAUUUAUAUGAUUUCUCUAGUCUGUUCAGAAAUAUAUUAUAUGAUACCACCUCUGUUUUUUUAAUAGAUGACUAUUGAUUUUGAUA